AUGUCAGAGAGCGAGUCCGUCGAAAACUCCAUCGAAAACUCCACAGACUUCGAGGCCGAUAAUGGUUCUGACAAUGAUCCAAAGAAAGCAGGCAUCGAUUUGGGCAAGGCCUGUCACCACUUGUACUGCUUUCGCCAUCUGCUGGUGCUGUUCGUGCUUGGCAUGUUUCAGACAUUGAUUGGCCCAAGUGUACCCUACAUUGUCGGUACAUUCUUCGCUGCGAAGUAUGGUGGGGGCGAUUGUGAGGCGCACCCUUCCUCAGAUCCCUGCCGAAGGGCUGCGACCUUUGCUGCCCUUGUCUUCGGCUGGUCGAACGCGGCUGCCAACCUCGUGGCCAUGCUCGUGGCCGUGUGUCUGGGCUCGUGCAGCGAUGUGCUGGGAAGGAGACCUCUGAUCCGCGCGUUUGGCAUUGCCACGCUGCUGCCCAUCGUGGCUUUGUCCUUGCACGUGACCACAGGCCUGACGCUGUGGAUCUACCUGGUGUUGCAGCCAUUGGUGGAGUGCUUCGAUGUUAACGGAGUGUACAUGGCAAUCAUGGCUGAUGCUAUUGAUGACCCACAGGAGCGGGCGGCAGCCUUUGGCAGCUUCAUGGCCGCCUCCGGGCUGCUGGCGGGCUCGGUGCUGCCCUUCGGGUUCAUUCUGCCGAGCUCUUGGCUUAUUUGGGUGUCACUCGCUGCUGGCGCAGUGAAACUGAUGUACUUGUUCUGUGUUUUCCCAGAAAGUGCCAAGAACGUGCAGACUGCGAACCGACCACGCUCGUCGAGCGGCUCGUCGAGCAGCUUGAACCCGAUUUCCUCGGUGAGCUCAGCUUUGUCUCUACUCAAUCGCAACGCAUUCAUCGCCCGGCUGGCCAUGGUCCUUGUUUGCGCGGGCCUCGCGUCCUCCGGCUACGCGAUUGUCAUGCCUCCGUUCAUGAUGGGAUACCUUGGCUACACCCGCAGCAAUAAGCUGGUACUGGUGUGUGCUGCUGCCCUCUCAGCCUUGAUAUCCUUCACGUGCUUGCUGGGGCCGGCCGUGAAGCGAUGCGGCCAAGUACGAGUUCUUCAGUAUUGCCUGGCUGCUUCCGUGUUUGUGCCAUUUCUCUUUGCUUUCUGCAAGGAGCAGUGGCAGCUGGCCGCGAUAUUGUUUUUGUUCACCGGCCCGAUUGCUCUUGCUGCGCCUCUGGUGCAAGCACUGAAGAGCAUGUUGGUGUCCGAGUCGGAGCAGGGCUUAGUCCAGGGCGCGGUGGCCUCCAUGACAAAGGGGGCAGCGACUGUUGGCUUCGUGAUCUUCAGCGCCGUGUUCGGGCUCACCAAUGGUGGUGGCAAGGCCGACUCUGUCCGCGCAGUUCUUCCAUCCUUUGCGCUCAUUGCUGGCAUGUUUGCCAUCUCCGCGGGGUUCGCCAGCACUUUGCCUUUAACACCGCCGCCGCCGUUGGAAGAGAAGUUGCUGCUAGACAAUGCAGACAGCGGAUCUGACUGCUGA